ACCUGAGCUCCAUAAAACAGGCCGUGUGUGAAGCUCUUCUGUCCAUCAGACCCACCGACAUCAACAUGACUUCCUACACUGACAAAGGAGAGAAGCCAGAGAGAGGGAAAUUUUUACAUUUUCACCAUGUGAAAUUCUGGGUGGGAAACGCCAAACAGGCUGCGGUGUUUUACUGUGAUAAGUUUGGCUUCGAGCCGCUGGCGUAUAAAGGUCUGGAGACGGGCAGCAGAGAGGUGGUGUCUCACGCCAUCAGACAAGACAAGAUAAUCUUCGUCUUUGAGUCCGCUCUGAACCCUGGGAAUGAGGAAAUGGGCGAGCAUCUCGUGAAACAUGGAGACGGAGUGAAAGACGUGGCAUUUCAAGUGGAGGACUGUGACUUUUUAGUAAAGAAAGCCAAAGAGAGAGGAGCGGUGAUCGUCAAAGAGCCGUGGGUCGAGCAGGAUUCAGGCGGCAAAAUCAAAUACGCCGUAAUUCGGACGUACGGAGACACGACGCACACGUUUGUGGAGUACAUGGGGCCAUAUAAAGGUCUGUUUCUGCCCGGAUACAAAGAGCCGCUGUUCAGAGACCCUCUGUUAGCAAAACUGCCGCCGGGACAUUUACGCUUCAUCGAUCACAUUGUGGGAAACCAGCCAGAUGAUAAAAUGGUGCCAGUUUCUGACUGGUAUCAGAAGUGUCUGUGGUUCCACAGGUUCUGGUCCAUCGAUGAUAAGCAGAUCCACACUGAAUACAGCGCUCUCAGGUCCAUCGUAGUCACAAAUUAUGAGGAAACCAUCAAGAUGCCCAUUAAUGAACCAGCCACGGGGAAAAAGAAAUCACAAAUCCAGGAGUAUAUCGACUACAACGGAGGACCUGGAGUGCAGCACAUUGCACUAAACACUUCCAACAUCAUCCAAGCUAUUGUGAACCUCCGAGCUCGAGGGUUGGAGUUCCUGUCUGUACCUGAUAAUUACUACGACACCCUACGGCAGAGUCUCAAGACGGCCAAGAUCAAGGUGAAGGAGGACCUAAAAACACUGCAGGAGUUAAAAAUCUUAGUAGACUAUGACGAUAAAGGUUACCUGCUACAGAUCUUCACCAAACCCGUGCAGGACAGACCGACGCUCUUCCUGGAGGUCAUCCAGAGGAACAACCACUCUGGUUUUGGAGCUGGAAACUUCAAAUCUCUGUUCGAGGCCAUUGAGAAAGACCAGGACGCCAGAGGAAACCUCACGAUUCUCACACCGGAGAGCCAGGGCGUCCCGAAGGCCUUUUACUAACACACACAACUGCAUUAAGGUGAUUUACUCUAGCCUCAUGCUGGAGUGAAAUAAUAUGACACCAUCGAUUAAAAUGUCCAGGGCAACAAUAAAGACAUUUAAUAUAAGAACUGUA